AAAUCCCGUUCUCUAAAUUUGUUUUCUAUUUGUCUUCUUUUCUUCCUUUCUCUCCGGUGACGCCAUGAACGCCGCCGUGUUUGCAUCUUCUGCCUUAUCUCUUCCUAUCUCCUUCUGUAAAACUAGAUCAUCUAAACUCACAAGAAAGAAGGGACUAAAAGGAGAAUUGAGGGUUGAGGAGAAGAAGAGUCAGUGGGGACCUCUGUUUGAUGUGGAGGACCCGAGAUCAAAACUUUCUCCUUAUAAAGGCAAGUUCUUGGAUGUAAAUCAAGCUCUUGAAGUUGCUAGAUUCGAUAUUCAAUACCUUGAUUGGCGUGCUCGUCAAGAUCUUCUUACCAUCAUGCUCCUCCACGACAAGGUCGUUGAUGUACUCAAUCCUCUAGCUCGUCAGUACAAGUCCAUUGGUAUCGUGAAGAAAGAGCUAGCUGAAUUGCAGGAAGAACUAGCGAAAGCACACCAACAGGUUCACAUAUCUGAAGCAAGGGUUUCAACUGCUUUAGACAAGCUAGCUCACAUGGAGGAGCUGGUUAAUGAUAGGUUGUUACUAGCUAGAAAUGCGACAGAAUCAGAUAAACCCUCGACACCAACCUCGGUCCAGGACUUAGAUAGGGAAAAAACAAACAUCGGUGCAAAAAGCUUGAAUGUUUCUGGUCCUGUCCAGCCUUAUAGUCCAAACCUUAAGAACUUUUGGUAUCCCGUUGCUUUCACUGCAGAUCUCAAGCAUGAUACAAUGGUACCAAUUGACUGCUUUGAGCAACCAUGGGUUAUCUUUAGAGGAGAAGAUGGCAAACCAGGAUGUGUACGGAACACGUGUGCUCAUAGAGCGUGUCCUCUUGAUCUUGGCACAGUGAAGGAAGGGCGUAUCCAAUGUCCUUACCAUGGAUGGGAAUACUCAACUGAUGGAAACUGUACGAAGAUGCCAUCUACAAAGCUACUGAAUGUGAAGAUAAAGUCAAUACCUUGUCUUGAACAAGACGGUAUGAUCUGGGUUUGGCCCGGCGAUGAACCACCUUCACCUACACUUCCUUCUUUAAAACCCCCAUCAGGGUUUGUAAUCCAUGCUGAGCUUGUAAUGGACCUACCGGUGGAACAUGGGUUGCUUCUAGAUAAUCUCUUGGAUCUUGCGCAUGCUCCAUUUACUCACACGUCUACUUUUGCAAAAGGCUGGAGUGUCCCAAGCUUGGUGAAGUUCCUAACACCAUCUUCAGGUCUUCAAGGAUACUGGGAUCCGUAUCCAAUCGAUAUGGAAUUUAAACCGCCUUGUAUCGUGUUAUCGACAAUCGGGAUCUCAAAACCAGGAAAGCUAGAAGGAAAGAGCACUAAGCAAUGUGAAACACAUCUUCAUCAACUCCAUGUUUGUCUACCUUCUUCAAGAAACAAGACAAGGCUUUUGUACCGAAUGUCGCUAGACUUUGCUCCUAUAUUGAAGAAUCUUCCUUUCAUGGAACAUCUCUGGAGACAUUUCGCCGAACAGGUCUUAAACGAAGAUCUAAGGUUGGUAUUAGGACAGCAAGAAAGGAUGUUGAAUGGUGCAAAUAUAUGGAACUUACCUGUUGCUUAUGACAAGCUUGGGGUUCGGUAUAGACUAUGGAGAAACGCGGUAGAUCGUGGCGAUGAUAAAUUACCCUUCUCCGGCUAACUGUGAUCUAAUGUUUGAGUGACGUGGAAGGAAAGUUUUAGCAGGUCUCAUUCGCCAGCGACCUUGCAAGAAAUGUGUUUGGUAUUUUUGUCUGGUUCGUUGUCGCAGCAGAGAAGCUUGACUUGAGUCAAGGAUUUGGGGGUUCUGUGAAUUCAUCUUUGAAGACUAUGAAACAAAAGACUUUUGCGUAGAUAAGAAAGAAAUUGUUCAUUGUAAAUCAAAAAGGAGAGAUAAUGUUUACAUUUUGUGUUGUACAGUUGAUUCAAUUGAAUAUUGGAUAUUUUGGUA